AGAUUAAUCUGAGUGUGCGUCGGCACAAAUUUUAUGGAUUAAUAUGACUGCAUAUAAAAAGGUUUUAAUGAAUAUUUGCGCGACUUAGUUACUAGCUUACUGCGGUAGAUCUCACACCCCGGCUCAUCCAAGAUCAGCAAAUAUGGCGACCACAACCAGAACCAAGGAAACAUUUGUUGUGUCGGAUGGUCCCAGUUCCGAUAAUAAGUAUGGCCGAAAAACGGUGUACGGAUUGGGAGUGGCCGUUUUCGUGUUCCUUGUGUUGUCCAUCACGUUUAUUGCGCUGUAUGCUACUGCGCCAGCAGCCUCCAGUGAAUGUGGAACAACACCAAGUGGAACAACACCAAAUGGCACAACACCAAGUGGAACAACACCAAGCGGUACAACACUAAAUGGUACAACACCAAGCGAUGUUCCUACCACAACGCCGCUGCCAGUAAAGCCGGGUGAAUGUGGCACGGCAGGCUGCAGAAGGGCAGCGGAAAGCCUACAGAAAUCCAUAAACAAAGACGUUCAACCUUGUGACAAUUUUUACGAAUUUGCUUGCGGAAACUGGAAUAAGACGGAGCCGAUGCCUGAUGACCGGAGUACGUGGGGCGUUUUCAAUGUUCUGCGAAGAGAACUGGCAAGCAACUUGAAAGACCUUUUGAACGUCACUCAUGGAGAUACGACUUCCCUCAACUCAACACAGAAGAUGCAACAAUAUUUCCAAACAUGCGUGGACGAAGAAAAGCUGGAGGACCAGGCAAAUAUCGAAACUCUCCGCAACCAUAUUAUAGCAGUUUUUCCGGAAACGGUCAAUUUCCCAUUCAAUGACAGUCCCAUUCCCGACUUCGAUGCCUCGUUCCGUGCCAUGGCGAAGGCUCGUAAAUUUGGAUUAAGACUGGGAGUUUUUAACAAUUUCAUCCAAUCAGACAAUGACCAACCGCGUGUUAAUAUCAUUCAUCUCGAUGCUGCGCCGCUUGGCAUGGAGAGACAUUUCUAUCUGAGAGAAGAUAACAGUACCGAAGUGACCGCAUAUCGAGAAUAUUUAAGGGACAUGAAAGUGCUGUUUGCCAGGAAAUUUGGACUUACCGGUAUUACAGAAGCAAUGGCUCUUGAAAGUGCAAACAGAUUUAUUGAAUUCGAAACCGUUCUUGCACAGGCAAAACUGACACCUGAAGAAAGGAGAGACCCCAGAAAGACCCAGAACAAAAUGACCAUCGGUCAUUUUGCCGGCAACUACACGGACAGAAUGGGUUUGAAUGCCUCUGAAUUAGUCGGCUAUUUCACGACAGCGUGGGAUUCUGACCGAGUUCGUGCACGCUUGAAUGCUUCCGAAGUUAUUAACGUGCGAGAAACCAACUACUACGAUGUUCUCACUGACUUGCUGCGAAAUUAUACAAACAACCCUGAAGGUCACCGGUUUCUAGCCAAUUAUCUGAUAUUCCAGUUGGCUAACAGCUACAGUGGGCGCCUAGGAGCUGAGUUUCGUAACAUUAGUCGAAAAUUCAGUACGGUCCUUCAGGGUCCCAGCUCCCCCAUUCCGCGCUGGGAGACCUGCGUUAAUCAGGUUAACAACGAGUUUCCCAAUGCCGUUGGUCGACUGUACGUCGAGAGUCACUUCCAGAAAACUGCCAAAGUUCGGCUGGAAAAGAUGGUGAAAUACCUCUUCGAUUCCAUCCGCACUAUUAUUAUCAAAUCGGACUGGAUGACACCGACUACUCGAAUAAACGCUUUGCAAAAGGCCGAUCUUUUCACAGUUUUGGCUGGCUAUGAAGAUUACAUUGUAGAUGAUUCCGACAGACUCAACAGAGAACACGCAGAGUUCGCUGUGUCCGAAGACUCAUACGUGGCCAACGCAAUCAGUUACGGAAGCUGGUCAACAAAUCUGGAAGGUGAAGAGUUUGUGAAUGGUACCAGACGAGACACUUGGAUAACAGGAGCCGCGGUCGUCAAUGCUUUCUUUGCUCCUAAUUUUGCCUCCAUCUCGUUCCCGGCCGGCAUUCUGCAGCCCCCAUUCUUGGGUGAUGAUUAUCCGGAUUACUGGAACUAUGGUGCCGUUGGUACAGUUAUCGGCCACGAAAUUACGCAUGGAUUCGAUGAUAAAGGGUCUCAGUACGACGGUUAUGGAGUAUUGACUAACUGGUGGGACGAUGAAUCCAGGUUAAAUUUCACGAGCAGAGCAAAAGGCUUGAUUGACCAGUACAGCAACUUCUCUAUGAUGGGAGUUCAAAUGAACGGAAACUUAACUCAAGGCGAAAACAUUGCUGAUAAUGGUGGAAUUAAGGAAGCCUUUAUGGGAUAUCAAAACUACAUUCAGCGUGAACAUGCUGGUGUCCCUGAGCCAAAAUUGCCGGGUCUCGAUUAUACUCCAGAGCAACUGUUCUUUUUGGCAAACGCUCAAGUGUGGUGCAGCGAUUUUCGGCAACAAGCACUGGAGAACCAAGUUAGGACAGGAGCUCACAGUCCGGGUCGCUUCCGUGUGAUUGGGCCCAUGCAGAAUUACGACGAGUUUUCUAAAGCUUUCACCUGUCCCGCUGGAUCAUUCAUGAAUCCAGAAGUAAAAUUUGGAGUGUGGUAAAACGUUAAGUUGAUGCGGUACACGACAAAGUUGCCUGAUCUGUGAUCUCUGUUGAACGUUUGCCUGAAGAAAUGGAAAAGUGGUUAAACUGAGGUUGUUACCACUCAUACUGCGCAAUUACUGUAUUUAUAAUUAAAUUUUUGGUCAGAA